GGCCUGGGAGCGGAGGAGCAGCCUGCUGGCAGCACCACCCAGCGCUCCGGGGACGCCCGCGGGUCCAGCAGCGCGACCGUGACUGUGCCCGGCACCAUGUCUGCUCAGGACGAACCCCCGAAGCCCAAGGGCAAGACCCUGGGCAGCUUCUUCGGGUCCCUGCCCGGGUUCAGCGCUGCCCGGAACCUGGUGGCCAACGCACACAGCUCCAUGAGAGAAGCCCACUCGGCCGCCCCCGAGGCGACCCCGCCCCAGGCUCAGGCAGCCCACCCGGCUCCCAGGCCAGGAAACCCCUGUCCAGAACUCCUGUCCCAGGGGCCACAGCGCUGGGCAGGGGGGGAGCCUGGAUGCCUCCCGCUGUCCUUGGCGGGGUGGCUGGGACAUUCCGGAACUUGUGCAAUGGACACGGGGCAGCUGACACCCCCGUGUCCCCCGCCCGCCCUGACCCACUCCUGUCCCCGCCCCGACGGUGAGCCGAGGGCCCAGGGCGCCGAGAGCCUGCUGCGGCCUCCGGGAAAGGUGCCGGCCGGGGCCACGGACGCUGUCUCCUCUGGGGCAGCCAGCAUGGUGGACGCGGUGAAGGGCGUGGUCCAGGGAGGCCUGGCCACCACCCAGUCUGCGCUCACAGGCACCAAGCAGGCCGUGUCCAGUGGGCUGACGGGGGCAGUGGACACGGCCAAAGGGGUUGUCCAGGGGGGUCUGGACACCUCGAAGGCCGUCCUCACAGGCGCCAAAGACACGGUGUCCACGGGGGUCAUGGGAGCCGUCAACGUGGCCAAGGGGACCGUCCAGACUGGCCUGGACACCUCCAAGACUGUGCUCACUGGUACCAAAGACACGGUGUCCACGGGGGUCUUGGGAGCCAUGAAUGUGGCUAAAGGGGCCGUCCAGACUGGCCUGGACACCUCCAAGACUGUGCUCACUGGUACCAAAGACACGGUGUCCACGGGGGUCAUGGGAGCCGUCAACGUGGCCAAGGGGGCCGUCCAGACUGGCCUGGAUACAUCGAAGGCCGCCCUUAAAGGCACCAAAGACACAGUGUCCACUGGGCUCAUGGGGGCCAUGGACGUGGCUAAAGGAACUGUCCAGACUGGUCUAGACACCUCCAAGGCCGUCCUCACUGGCACUAAGAACACGGUGUCCACAGGACUCACUGGGGCAGCCAACGUGGCCAAGGGGGCCGUCCAGACUGGCCUGGACACCUCCAAGACCGUCCUCACUGGCACCAAAGACACGGUGUCCACGGGGCUCAUGGGAGCGGUGAAUGUGGCCAAAGGGGCCGUCCAGACUGGCCUGGAUACUUCAAAGACCAUCUUCACUGGCACCAAAGACACGGUAUCCACUGGACUCACGGGGGCAGCCAACGUGGCCAAGGGGGCCGUCCAGACUGGUCUAGAUACAUCGAAGGCCGUCCUCACUGGUACCAAGAACACGCUGUCCACAGGGCUCACGGGGGCCAUGAACGUGGCCAAGGGGGCCGUCCAGACUGGUCUAGAUACAUCGAAGGCCGUCCUCACUGGUACCAAGAACACGCUGUCCACAGGGCUCACGGGGGCCAUGAACGUGGCCAAGGGGGCCGUCCAGACUGGCCUGGACACCACCAAGACCGUCCUCACAGGCACCAAGGACACAGUGUCCACAGGGAUCAUGGGGGCUGCCAACAUGGCGAAGGGGGCCGUCCAUACUGGCCUGGAUACUUCAAAGACCAUCUUCACUGGCACUAAAGACACGGUGUCUACUGGACUCAUGGGGGCCGCCAACAUGGCCAAGGGGGCCGUCCAGACUGGUCUAGACACCUCGAAGGCCGUCCUCACUGGCACCAAAGACACGGUGUCCACUGGACUCAUGGGGGCCGCCGACAUGGCUAAAGGAACUGUCCAGACUGGUCUAGACACCUCCAAGGCCGUCCUCACUGGCACCAAAGACACGGUGUCCACUGGGCUCACGGGGGCCGUGAACGUGGCCAAGGGGGCCGUCCAGACUGGCCUGGAUACGUCGAAGGCGGCCCUCACAGGCACCAAAGACACACUGUCCACUGGACUCACAGGGGCAGCCAACGUGGCCAAGGGGGCCGUCCAGACUGGCCUGGAUACGUCGAAGGCGGCCCUCACAGGCACCAAAGACACACUGUCCACUGGACUCACAGGGGCAGCCAACGUGGCCAAGGGGGCCGUCCAGACUGGCCUGGAUACGUCGAAGGCGGCCCUCACAGGCACCAAAGACACACUGUCCACUGGACUCACAGGGGCAGCCAACGUGGCCAAGGGGGCCGUCCAGACUGGCCUGGAUACGUCGAAGGCGGCCCUCACAGGCACCAAAGACACACUGUCCACUGGACUCACAGGGGCAGCCAACGUGGCCAAGGGGGCCGUCCAGACUGGCCUGGAUACGUCGAAGGCGGCCCUCACAGGCACCAAAGACACACUGUCCACUGGACUCACAGGGGCAGCCAACGUGGCCAAGGGGGCCGUCCAGACUGGCCUGGAUACGUCGAAGGCGGCCCUCACAGGCACCAAAGACACACUGUCCACUGGACUCACAGGGGCAGCCAACGUGGCCAAGGGGGCCGUCCAGACUGGCCUGGAUACGUCGAAGGCGGCCCUCACAGGCACCAAAGACACACUGUCCACUGGACUCACAGGGGCAGCCAACGUGGCCAAGGGGGCCGUCCAGACUGGCCUGGAUACGUCGAAGGCUGCCCUCACUGGCACCAAGGACACACUGUCCACUGGACUCACGGGGGCUGUGAAUGUGGCUAAAGGAACCGUCCAGACCGGUCUAGACACCUCGAAGGCCGUCCUCACAGGCACCAAAGACACGGUGUCCACCGGACUCAUGGGGGUCAUGAACGUAGCCAAGGGGACCGUCCAGACUGGUCUAGACACCUCCAAGGCCGUCCUCACUGGCACCAAAGACACGGUGUCCACCGGACUCAUGGGGGUCAUGAACGUAGCCAAGGGGACCGUCCAGACUGGUCUAGACACCUCCAAGGCCGUCCUCACUGGCACCAAAGACACGGUGUCCACCGGACUCAUGGGGGUCAUGAACGUAGCCAAGGGGACCGUCCAGACUGGUCUAGACACCUCCAAGGCCGUCCUCACUGGCACCAAAGACACGGUGUCCACCGGACUCAUGGGGGUCAUGAACGUAGCCAAGGGGACCGUCCAGACUGGUCUAGACACCUCCAAGGCCGUCCUCACUGGUACCAAGAACACGCUGUCCACAGGGCUCAUGGGGGCCGCCAACGUGGCUAAAGGGGCCGUCCAGACUGGUCUGGACACCUCCAAGACUGUCCUCACUGGUACCAAAAACACCGUGUCCACGGGGGUCUUGGGAGCCGUGGACAUGGCCAAAGGGGCCGUCCAGACUGGUCUAGACACCUCCAAGGCCGUCCUCACAGGCACCAAGAACACGGUGUCCACUGGGCUCACGGGGGCCAUGAACAUGUCCAUGGGGUCUCUGCAGGCCGAUGUGGGCACGACCACAGUGCUAGCCAGCACCGAAGACGCCGUGCCCACUGGGCUCCAAGAGGCAGCAAACGUGGCCACAGGGGCCAUCCAAAACCGGGCACCUGGGACCCGAGACGCUGCCGUGGGUGGUGGCACCAGCCCCGGUGCCCAGGACAGAGGAGAGGUGCAGACUGCCCUGAGCCCCCAAGACGCUCUGUCCUCUGGGGUCUGCAGCUCCCUGAACGCGCCCUGUGCCAGCCUGGAACUGGCCCAAGAAGCUGCAGUGGCCACUCUAGGUCUUGCGUUAGAUGUGACCACAUUCCCCCACGGGGCCGCCACCCACGGCCACGGAGGAGCCACGGGCUUCACGGCGCUGCAGGAUGAAUCGGAGGGUCUAGGGGAGAUCUUCCUCCCCAUGAGCGCUGCGGAGCAAGAUCAGCUGGCCGCGUCCCAGCCCGGGCCCCGGGUGCUCUCGGCCGACCAGAAGAGCUACUUCGUGCGUCUGGGAGACCUGGCCCCCGGGCUCCGCCAGCGCGCCUUCGAGCACGCCCUGAGCCACCUGCAGCACGGCCAGUUCCAAGCCAGGGACGCCCUGGCGCGGCUCCAGGACUCCCUCGGGCUGAUUGACAAGGUCAAGCAGGGCUUGGACCAGGGCUCUGACGCCAGCGUGGAGGACACGAGUGCCACAGAGGCGCGGGGUGCGGGGGCCCUGGCCAGGGUCUGUGGCCUGGUCCAGCAGCUGCACACGGCCUACAGUGCCCUGGGCCCCAGCCUGCAGGGGCUGCCCGCCGCGUUCCAGCAUGCCCGUGGCGCCCUCCUGGCCCGGGGCCGACCUCGCACAGAGGACCCUGGGGCUUACCUGGGGGCCCAGCCGCGUGGGGCGGCGGAGCCGGGAGCCCCAGCCCCUGCCCUCCGGGCCUGA